AUGUAUUUCCUAUUGUAUUCUAAUACCAGUCUGGAGCCUGCGGUGAUCACCUGUGUGUGUUUAAGAUCAGCUUAAUGCGCUCUUUAUUACACAGGACUGUACACUGCUGUGGUGGGCAGCAUAUUUGAUGAGAGUCUAACCCGUGGGUGCUUAAAACAGCUUUCCAUUGUUAACAGCACUGUGAGACAUUGUUAGAUUACAAAUUCUUAGGUGGGAUUUUUUCUCAGAUGUUUUCUAGGUUACGUUCAAGUCUGCACUGUGAUCUUUAAUUUAAAAACUUGUAUUAAUGUUGUAAUAAAGUUAAAAACUUUUUUUUACAUUUUACAUUAUUACCGACUGUCAGAAGCUGCAGAAGUCUGUAUUAUAAGAAUAGCAGAACUAAAAGAACUAAAAGAGAGUAAAAUAUCAUAAAACAAGGGAAUACAGAGAAAUCUAGUGACUGUCAGAAUAUUCCUACAAUAAUAUAUAAAGAUACAUAACAAUUUCAGAUGUAAAUGAAAAACUCCAAACAGUAUGUAAAUGUAAAAUAUAAAGCACUUUAACAGUACAAACUCUGCAAGCAUAAGCAAACACACUCCAGAGAAGAGCUGUGCUACUUAUCAAAGGGAAAAAAGGCUCAACUGGCAAGCUGCAGUCCUUGACAGUGUUUUCUUUCCCAACGCUGAUCUAGUAUGUACUUAACAGCAUGUACCAAUGGUCAACUGCUUCAACAAGCUGACUGAAAAACUGAAAAAUCUACAUGCAGCACUGUAUGUCAAUAUGCAUUUAUUUAAUUAUAGUUAGAGACUUGAGCUGUGUCUCUAAAAUGAAGCACCAUAUAGAACUGUGAAAAAGCCAGAGAUCACCUUUCAUUUCACUCCCAGUCAAAACAGCCAUCAAGUAUAAGUUAUUAAUUUUUCAGCAUCAGGAAAUAAAGCAGAAACAUAUAUUUAACAGAAAAUUACACAUAGCCUCAAAAACUCAAUAUAAUAUCGCAUUUUCAGCAAUAAGUGUGUCCACGCUUUGCCUUUAUUGCAGCUUUUGUUCUUUUCAGGAGGCUUGCUUUCAGAUUUUUAAAGACAUCUCCAAAAUUCAGUCUUAGAAGUUGGUUGAUUUUAAGAUUGGAUGGAUGGAAAAGUUAGCAGUGGGAUGAACAAAUUAAAUAUUGAUUAAUUUGAUAAUUAUACUUAUGUUAAAGACAUCUGUAAUGUUCUGUUACAAGUAUAUUUCCUGCUGUUUUUUCUGAUGUUGGAAAAUUAAAUAACUUGUACCCAAUGGCUGUUUUGUCUGGUGAUUAAUUUAACAAAACUUAUUUAAUUACCACACAAAACAGCCACUGUGCAAAAGUCCAAAAGUUACAGUACUGGGCUUUUGCACGGUACUGUAACUAAUCAGUCAAUUUGGCCACGUCAGGCUUGUGUUAUACAAUAGUUCUAUACAAUGAAUAAAACACUAUGUUAUUUGUCAUUAUAGUUAUUUGUGUGGCAAUUAAUCACCACUUAAAGUUUCAUGAUCGUGACAGGCCUAAUUCUCUAAUUGCUCAAAUCAGUACAUGCAGAUGUUAUAGCUACACUGUUCUGGUUGCACAAUGUACACAGUCAUCUGAAACAAUUACAAUGUCUGUGACUUUACAUGCUAAUCACGAGAAGAAGAACAUAGGUAUUUAAGUCUGAGGCUUAUAAUUUUAACAGAGAUUAAUAAAAAAAAAUGGAAAGACUGAUAUAAGGCCAUUUUUGAUACUUUUGCAUGUUUGCACGUGUUCCCACUCUCGUUUCGCAGUCGCACAAGACAUUCACGUUCAGUCAGGCACAAACGCAAAUAAAAUCAUUCAAAGCAAGGCUUAGGAAUGAUUAAUAAGAAUGUGGAUCCACUUUGGUUUCUGAAUGAAUGAACUAAGAGGAGAUAAGGAAAAAAGGGGCUGCUAAGUUGAAUGACUUCUGCCUAGUUUACCUGAACAGCUUUAUUGGUCUGAUCAUCGUAAAGGCUGAUAACCCUGUCAUAAUGUGUCUAGAAUUACUUACGUGUGGAACAUACAGAUAUCUCUGACUACCUCUAUUCAGUUAUGAUUAAUCUAGAUUUGUUACAAAGGAAAGCUAUUUAUAGCAUAUGUUUAAGGGCACUGCCAAUUCAUUAGGUAGACAAAUGUAUCAGCAUAAGCUGAACGUGUGGUAUACGGGGGGAGUAUAAAUUAAAAGAAAUGUAUUAUAUUUGAAAAGGAAUGCUGCUCAUUUUACUGAUAAUGAUUGACUCACAGAGAAGAACAGAGACUUACAAGACACACAGGCUUUGGUUAUUCUAUAAUCAACAGAAACAAAAUAUUAAUAUUAACAAGUUUCUUAUAACACAUUAUGGUCUAUAUUAUUGGAUGUUUAUAAAUGAAUCAUAUUAGUAUGAUGUAGCAGUGCAACAUAAUAUGUUGUACAAGCAUACCAACAUGAUUCUCCUAUAAAAAGGUAUUUAAGGAAAUUAAUAUCCAGCACAACAUUUAGUAAACCCAAAAACUACACUGACAUUUUGAACAUUUAACCACUGGUAAACAUUGACCUCUUAAUAUCCUAUUACAUAAUAAGGCUUAUUAUUCAGUAACUACAUGGAAUACAAUGCAAACCAGCUGAGCUAUUCUUAUAGAAGUGUGCAGUAAAACUUUGGACCAGUCGGUAGGUCCUGGCCAUUUAAGAGGUUAAUGAAGUUCUUUAGGAAACUCCAUACAAACGUUUAACAAAAUGAUAUUUAUUUUAGAGAAAAGACUUUUAGUGCAACAUGACAGUAGACCCUUUAUGUGGUAAAAGCCUGGAGAAGAACUCCAACCAGACUGCACAAGGAGUUACAGAGGUGGAAAUGUCAAAGUCUAGCUGCUUUUCUUACAGUGGUGUCACUGAGCUUGUGUUCACUAAUCAGAUCAUGGACUGGACUGGAAACGCACCAGUCGCCUUUUUAAAUAAUUAGUCUUCACACUGUCUGUUUACAAUUAAUGCCAUUUGGUUUGACAUUUAGAUUUCUAACACAGUGAAUUUCAUACAAUUUUGUGUAUUGGGCAAAUGUCCAAAUACUAUUUGGGGCCACUGUAUUGUUCAAAAUGUUAAGCUGUAAAAAUAAACAAAUAAAAUAAAGUAAAAAUAAAUAAUUAGUCAGUCAGUGACAAAACCACCCUCCUAAAGACCUCACUGACUAUGCCUGUUUCCUUAUAAGAACGCCUUCAGCACUGUCUGUACUCUGCACUUCUCAAGAAAUAGCCCAGUUCUUAAGAAACCUCAUCACAGCCCUUAUAAACAGCAUUCCAACACGGACUAAAGCUACCCUAAAGAAUUAAAACAGCUCAGCUCCAUGUUGGCACGUAGUUUUUCGGUGGUCUAACGUGAAAAACGACAUUUAUGUGUAAUGCUAGGCCUAAAACACAGCUAUGUCUCAUAAACUAAAAACGUUUUGCUUUAGUUGUCGUUAUGAGGGAAGGCAGCUGUAACAGUAGGCUAACCUACGGGCCUAGCUAAGCUAAAUCUCUUAUGGCCACAGAAGCUUUCUAAUUGACAUUAACUCUGAAAUCCGGCUCAAAUGUAUGAUAAGACAACUACACAGCAACUUUAUUUGUUUCCCUCCUUCUGUUUUAGUCGAGCUGCCUAAACCGGUGGGCUUUAGGACCCUGCUCGGCGCGUGAGAGCGACUGGUGAUUCACCACUGAUGACAGAGGGAACCAUGUCCCAAUCAGCUAGCAUUCAUAGCACUUCAACGAUUUCUCCUUUAUAUAUUCCGUUUAUUUAGUCCCAAAUGUUAUGAGAGAGUAUAACAGCGAAAAAUGCCCUUUUAGCAGGUAACAGCACUGGCAGCUUCUUCUGAAAGCUUGAGAUAAAUUUUAUCUGCAUAGGGAUUUGAGAGUGAAUGAUGGAGCACAUCAGAUUGCCAAAGGUUGAAAAAGUCCAGUUAGUGGACAGGGGCUCUUCUCGACGGGCACAAGUGGGCACAUUGUACUUGACAGCCUCUCAUACUAUCUUUGUGGAUAACGAGACUGAGGUUCGCAAUGAAAUAUGGGUGCUGCAUAGUUUAGUGUGUAAUGUUGAGAAGCAAAGCGUUACUGCCUUGGGCUAUCCACUUCUCAUUCAGUGCAAGAAUUUCCAGGUCAUUCAACUCAUCAUCCCACAAGAGAAUGACUGCAACGAUGUUCUUAUGUCACUCUUACGUCUCUCCAGGGCAAAACGAUAUGAGGAACUGUAUUGUUUUUCUUUCAAGCCUAACAUUGACAAGGCUGAGCGAGACCAGGCUUGGGACUUUGUAGACCUGAGGGCUGAAUACAGUCGAAUGGGAGUACCAAAUAAGCUCUGGCAUGUCACCCCCAUCAACCGAGAAUACAGGGUGUGUGAUACAUAUCCCGCAAACCUGUUUGUGCCUAAAUCAGCCACCCUCCCUGUCAUUGUCGGGAGCUCCAAGUUUCGCAGCAGAGGCCGAUUUCCCACGCUGUCAUACUACUGCAAAGAAACCCAAGCAGCCAUAUGUCGCAGCAGCCAGCCUCUGUCCGGUUUCAGCGCCCGCUGCUUGGAAGAUGAGCAGAUGCUAGAGGCCAUCAUGAAGUCCAACCCUGGCAGCCGGUUCAUGUAUGUCGUGGACACCAGACCCAAGCUAAAUGCAAUGGCAAACCGGGCUACAGGAAAGGGUUAUGAAAGUGAGGAUAACUACACCAACAUCAAGUUUCAGUUCAUCGGCAUUGAAAACAUCCAUGUGAUGAGGAACAGUCAACAGAAGCUGAUUGAAGUGUCUGAUCUUCGGUCUCCUUCCAUGGGGGAAUUCCUCAUGGGACUGGAAAAUUCAGACUGGUUGAAACACAUCCAAACCAUACUGACUGCUGGAAAGUUCAUCGCCAAGGCUGUGGCAGAGGAAGGGGUCAGUGUCUUGGUUCACUGCUCUGAUGGUUGGGAUCGGACAGCUCAGGUGUGCUCUGUGGCCAGCAUACUUCUUGACCCUUACUACAGGACUCUCAAAGGAUUUAUGGUGCUGAUUGAAAAAGACUGGGUUUCGUUUGGACAUCGGUUUUCCCACAGAUACAGUCAUCUAGAUGAAGACCCCAAGGAGGUGUCACCAGUUAUAGACCAGUUCCUGGAGUGUGUGUGGCAGCUUAUGGAGCAGUUUCCCUGUGCCUUCGAAUACAAUGAGAGAUUCCUUAUCAGCAUCCACAAUCACAUUCAUUCUUGUCAAUAUGGCAACUUCAUUUGCAACAGUGAAAAAGAAAGGAAAGAUCUGGGCAUCAGAGAGAGGACUCACUCCUUAUGGCCUCACCUAUGGAAGAACAAAUCAGACUUUGUGAAUCCGCUGUUCAGACCAGACCACAGUCAGACUCAGGGAGUUCUACGGCUCCUCACUACCCCCUACUGUUUCAAGUUCUGGAGGGGUUUGUAUAAUCAUUUUGACAGAGGGUUGCACCCACGUCAGUCUGUGCUGGACUGCUUGAUGGCUGUAAAAGAGGAAACACAGCAGCUAGAAGAACUGCUGGCUGUUUGUGAGCAGAAACUCGCUGCCUUGGGUAAAGAGCAGGCGAACGGCCUCUGUGUGAAGAGGAGUACAAUAAAUCAUAGCCAGACUCUCUGGGCAGAGCCAGCGCACCUAAGCUUAGCCAACUCCCCUCAGGAUUACACUGGUGGAAUUUUGAGCACUGGUCCUAAAGAUUGGCCUUUCCAGCAGAGGGAGACUGAGAGCACUGAGCUUAGCCUGUUUGGAGAUGCUACAAAAAGCUCAGACCCCGACAACAGCGACCAGGAGUCAGGAGUGGCUGACUUUAGCUGCCAUUCCUCCAGUGGUGGAGAUUCAUUUCCAAGUGAAGAUAGCGUCAAGGACGCAGACUCAGACGAAGCUGCUUUCAAUACUGCCUAAAAAAGAAAAGUGACACAUGAUAAAUGAAAGCCAUAGGAUUUCUAAAGGGACCGUGCAAUUAUACUAAAAAUGGCAAAAGGUCAUGUAUGCAUUUUGACUUGAGUUGUUCACUCUAUACUCCAUUAACAAGUAUCUGUGUCUGUAUAUCUUGUAGCCAGUGAAAAAAGGAAGUGUUGCUUUAUUUAUUACAAUAUUUAUGCCAUUGUAGCUUUGUAUGUGCAUGAAAUGAUUUGUAUUGCAAACCCCGCAUGUUACAAAAUACCUCAUAAGAAUCUUAUAUUCAUGCUAAGGCAUCAAAUGAGUUUUACAUUUUAAAAUAGCCUUUCCAUGUUUAAAUAGAACUGCACAAGUAGGACCCAGACAGAGUUCUGACAGUUUUCACUCCAUAAAUUUACUUCUUACAUGCUCGUAGGCCAAAGAAUUCCACUUUACCCAAUGUGCUAUAGGGACCUACACCCUGAACACAAAGCUAGCUCUGAGGAACAAAAUUUAACAACUGACACAGACCAAAAAGGAGAGAUAUUAUAAAGCACACAUGAUCAAGAUGCUCAAUGUAGAAACUGUAGGAAUAUCACCUCACAGUGGUUUAUUACAGCCUGCAAAUGAUGCUGAACAUUGAUGCUCUUAUGAGCAGUAAUGGGAGAUAUGCAGGAAAACAUGCAGAGUGUAAGCUUAAGCUACAUUUCCUUGUGAAUAGUGAGAGAUGAUUCCCAGAUUAUGCUCACUCUUAGCUUAUUUCUGUCACUAGUGCAAUGUUACUCAAAUAUUAGUAAAUAAAGUCAGCUUUACACAUUG